AAUCCCCUUCUUUUGAUAAGUCAAUUUAUCUCCCAACUCUCAUUGCGAUGGCAUCUUCAACUUCGAUGGACGAACUGUCUCCGACGCCCUCUGUUGGCCCUUCCAUCGAGUUCUCCUUGGCAAACGGACAGAUAUUUCAACGAGUGAUCGAAAAUCCUGCUCGGUUUAACUUGACUCCGACCGAUAGACUCUUACUGGAAGAAGGCAGGCAAUCGAUGAUCAAUCGCACACGUUAUGGAUUCUUGCUUGGAGCCACUUUAUCGCCACUACCUCUAUUUCGGGGCCAAUAUGCUAUCAACAACCUACGGAAACUACCACCACUAAUGGACCGAGUAACGCAGAAACCCAAUCCAGCAGUGAUACGUGCGCGACUAUUUUGGAUCGCCCAAUCAGUUGUUCUGACGACUCUGGGCUCAGGAUUGGGGACCUGGCUUGGAUUCAAGCUCGGCUUAAGAUCCAUGGAACGCAGUCUGAGCAGUCACCCUGGAUGUCGUGAGCGCGUGAUGGAGGCCUUCAGCCAGGCGCGUAAAGAGCUGGAGUCUGCUCCGCUUGACCAACAACCAUCUUUGACGGCACGAAAUCUACCUUCAAGCCAGCCUUCUCAACGUAUGACGAUCCAAAACGAAAACCACGAUCGAUCAUUUCAGGACCAAGAGGAAGACCUGCUACGACCAUCACCCAGAGACUUGUCCAACUUGAACAAUACUAGCCAAACUCCGGAUUCUCCUCAAACGUUCUACGAGCCUGCAGGAUCGUCUAGAUGGGAACAAUUGAGGAGAUCCCCUCAAUCUCAUCCUUCCACUUGGCAAACAAUCAGAGAGCAAAACUUGAAACAACCUCCUAACCUUUCCUCCCCAUCUAGCUCAUCUGCUCUGGAAACAUCCUCUGGAUUUGAUGGUCGUCCUUCUCCCCUCGGAUCUUCGAACCUCGACCCACCACAGUCCCAAGAUGAAUUCGAAAAACUGCUCGAACGGGAGCGGAAUUUAAGUGCUGGUCUCCUCCACCCUUCCAACCGCUAUUCAUCCACCAAGCCUUGAUCUCUCUUCUCUUUCGCUCUCACCCACAUUUUUUUUGGCAAAUGUGUUUCUUCCCUAGGCUCAAAGCGAUGUAGCUCUAACAACGAGAUGAUCAACCCCAUGUGAUCUCACUAUUAACCCUAUAUCCUUGGAAACUAAAAACAAUUGCUCUAUCGAUUGAUUUAUGCCAUAAAU